CGCCCCACUCGUAUCCAUGGAUGUUACACACAGGGAAUCCUAGUGAUGUCACACGGCCGGCCUCAUCCCCCUGUGUUCCCAACGCCUCCGCCAAUCAGACGGCAGGACAGGUGAUUCCCGCUAUAGCAGCCGCCCGAUCUCCACCUUUAUAUAGAAGAAUAGUACCCUAGGGAGCAUCACUGCAGCGCAGGGACACAAAGGGAGUCGCUGCACCGGGGCUCGCAGAAAGGGAAUCCAGGAGCGAUGGACUGGAAGUUAGAGAAGAUUUCCUCUCGGCGAGUUAGAGCAGAGGAGGACAUGAUGUGGGAAGGUGUCAUGAAAACACUUGGGAAAGACCUCAGGUGGAGCAGAAAAUACAGCAUGCAGAAAAUGAACAAGACACCUGAUGGAAGGAGCUCAUAUUCAAGAUUUAAAAGAAGCAUCAUGAAGCGACGUGCUUGCCAUGUUCCUUUCGCUAGUAGCCCUGUUUCCACAAAAUGGUGCCAAAAUAUGGAUCAAAUUCAGGGGACGGGUCUUUCUUCCUCCCCAUCUGAGGAACUUUGCCAGACACCUGAACCACUGGUUCUGCUUCCAUAUUUGACAGAAAUCCCCAUCACGGCUAUCCCUGACUGUGCCCAGAAGCCACCUAGUCUGAAGGACACCUCUGCACCAAAACGUACUCAAAAAACAUCAAAGAAACUGCUAAGUCAGACUAGGCUGAAGUUUCUUCAGGAGCAGAACUUCCUGCAGACUGUGGAAGAUUUCAAACGUGGUUCGUGUAUAAGGCAUGACAGCAACAUUAAGAUCUGUGAAAAGGACACGUGUAUGUGGAAAGGAUGUCUACAAACUAAGAAAAACAAAAGCUUGGGCCAGAAAACUCAAAAGGUCCAUAUCUGCUCCCACACCAUCUUACAGCCAGAUAUUCGACUCCAUAUAAUUGGCCUUCAUAAUGACUACUAUCUGAAUCUGCUUGACUGGAAUUCAGAAAAUCUUGUUGCCAUUGGGCUAAAGUCAACAGCAUAUAUAUUCAGUGGGGAAAACAGGACUGUAACUCAAAAAAUACAUUUGUCCUGUCCAGCGACAUAUGUAUCAUCAGUAUCCUGGAUUAGCUCUGGAACAUGUCUGGCAAUAGGAACUAGCAGUGGAGAAGUACAGCUGUGGGACAUUGAAACACAAAAGAGACUGAGAAAUAUGCUGGGACAUAUGUCAGUUGUGGGAGCCUUAAGCUGGAAUAAUCACAUACUUAGCAGCGGGUCACGGCUUGGGCAUAUUCAUCACCAUGAUGUUCGAAUAGCUGAGCACCAUAUUGGAACGUUGCAACACAAGCAAGGCAUCUGCAGUCUGAAGUGGUCACCAUGUGGCAACAAAUUAGCUAGCGGCUCAAGUGAUGGGGACCUAAAGAUCUGGCCCUGUGAUCCAGGGGAGACCAAGCUUAAGUCACCAUUGCUAAAUAUGCCUCAUCCGACUGCUGUAAAGGCCAUGAACUGGUGCCCAUGGCUCUCCGACACACUUGCCGUGGGUGGAGGCAUGACAGAUGGGCUCAUACGUAUAUGGGACACAAACUCUGGGAAGAACAUUCAUUCUGCAAAUACAAACUCACAGAUCUGCUCCCUGCUUUGGCUGCCGCAGACUAAAGAACUGCUUACUGGCCACGGACCCAGCAGAAAUCAGAUGACUAUCUGGCAAUACCCUUCUUUGUUAAAAAUGAAUGAUUAUUACGGGCACAAAGGAAGAGUCCUGCAUCUUGCAUUAAGUCCAGAUCAAAGAAGGAUCUUUUCUGCUGCAGCAAAUGGAACAGCCAAUAUAUGGAAGUACGGCAACUGAGAGGAAACAAGAACCCUGAGUGUUUGUUGAAAAAGACUUAAAGUGAACAGGCUUCUUUCUCUGUUAAAUUCAUGGUGUUAUAAAAAAAAAAUACCUUCCUGAUGCUUUUUAUAGUCUGUAGCCACUUCCUCUUUGGCAGAGAAGGAAAUUAAGUGGUGUACUUAUUUAAAAAACAAACAGUAUUAUAAACAAUUUUUUUAGCCUGUCAGAGAAAGAAAGAGUAUGUAGUAUAUGCAGUUUCCAUCCUUUGCAUUCUGCCUUUGUGUCCACCCCUCCUUAUAUAACAACUGAGCUUCUGCCAGGCCAUGGCAUUUACAUUUCCCAGGUCACAAAAGCUAGAGCACUAAAGAGUGCAAGAGUGCAAAGCCCAAGGCCUACUUUUGUGCCUCCGCCAGCUGACCCUGUUGUUUAGAACGCUGCCUUUAUAUUGUAAGCUCUUGUGUUAAAUUAUUGUAAGAUCCCCGUUUGUUAUGAAUCAAUGCGAAACACUGCGAAACUUGCUGGAGCUAUAUACAUGAUGACGAUGCCUAAUGCAAGCAGCACUCUAUUCAAGCGGUUAGCUGCAGGUCUCAGUUCUCGGAAAUAGAACACAGAGGCCUGAACACAAUAUGCAAAGUGCACCAAAAUGACUAGCUAUGGCCUUUUUUGCCACUUUGCACACUGCGUUCUGCAAUAUAAAUUACCCCCAUAAACUCCUAAAUACAUGACUUUUGUCUGCAUUUUACCAGCCACUCAGAUGUAUUCAGAAUGGUCCUCUGAGAAGUUUUGCAAUUUACAUUAGUUUUCUUAUUGUGUUUUCUGAGAUAAUAGCAGUUCUAGACCGUUUCAGACUCUUUAAAAGUUUUAGCAACCCUAUCUAAUGCACUUUCUAUGGACUUCAUUUAUAACUCAGUUAACUCUAGGCUUGCUGACCAGAGAGAACUGUUGAGAUACAAGCCUGGUAUUAGCAGCCUAAAACUUCUAAUAACUCAGAAACAGCUAAAAUAGUAAAAAAGUAAAUCUAAGUAAUCUAAUCUAAGUUGUAAAAGUGCCCAGAGAAGCACUCAGUAAGUUCACUUAAUGCCUUUGCCUACAUUUCUAAAUUUAUAUUUGCUGGUACAUAAAAAUUAUACACUCAUAAAUACAGCUGAGAAAAACAGGGCAUAUUUACUUAUGCCCAGAUGCACAGAAAGGGCACUUUGGGGCACUCGAUCACUUAGCACUUUCCCCUGCGGCACAACUGUGGUGUGCGCCUCAUGCACCUUGUGCCCCCCCCCCCGAGUGCUCUCUAACUUGUGUGACUUGCCUGAGGUACACAGCUCAGCUAUGUCCUGUAUGCAAAGUGCUACACCCAAGAUACUCAAGAUAUUUUUGCUAAAAAAGUGCAAAAAUAUCUUGGUUUGCUCUUUUUUUUUUUGCCCUUUACACCUUGACUGUUCUUUGUAAAUGAUCAUUAUGCCUCUUUGCUGUCUGUAUGGAGAAUAAUAUAUUUGUUGAUGUAAUAUGUGUGAAAGUGUAGGUGUUCUUUCCAGCUUGUUUAUAGGAUGUCGGAUGUCGGAUUGUGAACUCAUAGUUAUUUAUGUCUUAAUUUAUAUCAUGUAGUAUGUGUAAAUAUUAAUUAUUAUCUGUCUUGUAUUAUUUAUUUGUCUUUAAGACAGCUGGGAAUACUGUAUUUAUUGUUAUGGAAUCUGUAACCUUAUAGUGAAUUAAAUUCUUUACUGUUUGUGGAAUUAUUGAUGUAUUUAAAUUUCACCAAUGAAAAUGCUACUGAUGCCAGGAGGCACAAAGUGGUAUAAAGCUGAUGGUGGGGAAAUGUUAUUUGUGCUACAGGCUUUAGUUUGUAAGCUCCAGUGGGGCAGGGACUGAUGUGAAUCAUAAACAGUUAAGAGCUCUAUGAAUGUGUCAUGUAAAUAAAGGAUAAAAAAGACAACUAUUUGGGAGAUCCUUGGAAAUAAAGUUGCAGAUAAAACAUA